CCGCCCGGGAAUCGGCCAACCCGGUAUGGCUGGGAAGUCCCUCCCUUCCGAACGCUGCUCGUAUUCCACGAACCCCGCCCACCACCACAAAACAGAAAGGGGGAGAAAACUGAAAAAGCGAAAGUGAUGCUGCCGGCAGUCUCCGCUGCUCUCUCGUCCGCCGGCGCCCUCUCGCGCCUCCCUUUCUCCUUCCCCUCGCUGGCCGGAAGAAACCCUAAACCAAGAACGAUGCCGCCUGCCCGCCGCGCCGCCCUCGCCCUCGCCUCCGCCUCUUCCUCCGCCGCCGGCAGCGAUGACGGGUCCCAGCCGAAGCCCUGGCUGUUCGUCGGCCUCGGCAACCCCGGCAAGUUGUACAACGGCACCCGCCACAACGUUGGGUUUGAGAUGAUUGAUGUUAUAGCAGAAGCUGAAGGGAUAUCUUUGAGUAGCAUACAGUUCAAGGCAAUGCUUGGAAAAGGCCAUAUUGGUGAUUCCCCUGUCAUGCUUGCCAAACCUCAAACUUUUAUGAAUGCAAGUGGUGAGUCUGUUGGUUCGCUGGUUUCAUAUUACAAGAUACCACUGAAUCAAGUACUUCUGAUGUAUGAUGACUUGGAUUUACCUUUUGCAAAAUUGCGCCUACUACCAAAAGGUGGACAUGGAGGUCAUAAUGGGAUGCGAAGCGUGAUGAGCCACUUAAAAGGAAGCCGUGAUUUUCCACGUCUAAGAAUAGGCAUUGGGCGGCCGCCAGGAAAGAUGGAUUCGGCCAACUUUGUUCUUCGACCCUUUAACAAGAAAGAGCGCGAAGAGCUGGAUUUUACCUUUCAUCGGGGAUUGCAAGCAGUAAGGAUUCUGGUGCUCGAGGGAUUCAACAAGAGUGCGACAUUCGUAAACAGUUCGCAGUCGUCAGAACUCUUGAACAAAUGAAGCCGAUCAUCAUCUCAAUUCGCCAGUGAUAUCGACAUGGAAACCGACGCGAGUUAAAUUAUUUGCCGCGCCUUCCAAUCCAGCGGCCUUAAAAAUAUACAGCCUUUUCAUCGAAAGGGAGCCUGAACAAGCGCGGCAAUACGCAAUACCAUCAUGUGCUAUUCUUUUUCGUAUUUGAUUCUGAAACUCACUAGGUGUUUCUUUGUGGGGUGAUAUUUUUGUAAACAAUAUGUCAUUUUUUUUCAGUGAAAAUGGAAGUUUCAUAAAGUGUUGAAGGAAAAA